UGAAUUUCCUCUAAGUGCUCCCAGUGGACAUUUCUUUCCGCUCAUUGAUCUCGUGGGAAUCAUUUCAAAACUGCAUUGAUUUUUCUGUUGGUUUUGUUUUUGGAAAUGCACGUCAUAAUCCUGCUGUCAUGUUGGACCGUAAUGGGCUCUGCAGUACCAGUCCUUCCUAAUGACCUUCCUCCCCAAAUUUCACAAGGAGGAACCACUCAAACUGCUCAACCUUUUGAAGUGACGAACCCAAUACCUGACGCUCAGACGCCCUCUCCUCAAGUGGAGCAACCACAGCCUGGCGUCCCCCUGCAGCCAGAGGCCAAGGCCCAGGCCCAGACCCAAGCACAGGCCCAGGUUCAGGGUGGCCCUCAGUUUCUGCCUCCUACACAAUUCUACACCUGGUAUCCACUAGGGGGCAGUCCAAUGUUUAUCCCUCUGCCGCCCAGUGUCCAAGGAUCUACUGUUAACCAGCCUACAGUCCCACAGCAGCCAGUGAUGUUCUCUCCUUAUAGUUACUUACCUCUUUUUUCAUCUCCACAUAUGAAUCAACAGUUUUCCCAAUUUGGACUCCAAAUGAUUCCACAGACUAUUUCAAAUCAACCUCAGAACAGUCCAGUGUUACCUGUCCAAAACCCCUCUGGAGCUACUCCCUCAGUAAAUACACCUCAGCCAAUGCAGCAACAACAACAGCAACUACAACAGCAACUACAACAGCAACUACAACAGCAGCAGCAACAGCAACUACAACAGCAACUACAACAGCAGCAGCAACAGCAACUACAACAGCAACUACAACAGCAACUACUACUACAACAACAACAACAACAGCAACCUCAACAGAAUCCCCAAAUUGUUUACAUGCUCCAGCGAUCCAUGAACGCUCCCGUUGGCAGUCUUAGCUCAGAAGAACUCGAGAUGGUAGCCAACACAGGUCGGCUGGGUGUGUACCUAACCUCGGUGCUCACAAGCCCAUCUGCCGGAGCUGUUCAGCCUGUGAACCAAGCCACUGGGCUGACGAACCAGGGACAGCAAAGCACAGUGCCAACAGUUGAGAACCCGUCAGCUGGAGCGGCAGCGACGCAGGGCCUGCAGACUAACACGAACGGGAUCCCUGCAGGUUUGGAGGGACGGACGCAGGUGGCAGCCACAGUCCAAACACCUGUUCAACCCGAACUCCAAGCCACACAGGGAAACCUUGUCUGAGGAAGCAGCCGGCAGCAGAGAACAGUCAUAACAUGCUGAUAAUUAAACUUCACAAAAUCAGUGAUGAAACACAUAGACUCACAAGGAGUCAGAGUAGUAUCUCGUUCAGUAGCUCAUACCCACGUCAUUUACUAAUAGUGCAACGUUUUUUCAUUUAUUACCACUGCCUGUUGGAUUUUUAAUUAAUUCACAUUUAACCAAGACUGCUAAAACUGGAGUUGUUUCGCUGUUUAAAAUCUUCUUUUUAAAUUUCUUUGCUUGUUUCCAGUUUAAAAAUUAAUAUAAAACUUCUUAUUUUGAAACCUACAUUAAAUGUCUGUGUUUUUUUCUUUUUACCUCUCCUGACUCCUUAAAACAGGCUGCAAAGACAUCACAGACAAUCUUUAAAUCUAGCAGACACAGAGGAACUUCGAUAUUGAUGUGAUGUCAUUUUUAUGUCCACCUGAACAAUAAACUUUCAGUG